AUGCAAAUAAGUUCCUUCGACGGUGUAGAAAAGGCUUUUUCAAUUCCAGAAGGAGACUUGAUAACGCUGUCUGACGAUUCCGAUCUUCUGCUUGCGUUGCAAUCGGAACAAAACUUGAAAAUCGAUGUCUCACUCGAUAGUAAGGCAAUCGCCGAGUUAACCGACAUACAACAGCAAGUAGUACAGAUUCAGGAUGACAUACAGCGUCUGCUCAAGUCUGUGGCUGGACUCCACAUUCCCAGCACUCAUGCCGCUUCGCAGUCCAUCACUUCGCAACAUUUCGAACCCAAUGAGGUUCUUCCUGCUGUAUCUAACCAAGGUGAUGUACCACCUUUACCCGUGAAUGGGUUCGACGCCACGCCGCAUUCUCCACCCUCACCUGUACCUUCGGAGAAACCGGAAUUACCGGCUACAAUUCAACCAUCGCUUCAGGAACAGGUGCUACCGGAUGGUCUUGCUCGACAUGACGUCGCACCUUGUGUAGAAGAAAUUCCGCUAGAAGCUGGAGCACCAACAGCUUUUGCCCCACCACCGAGUGAAUUCGCUCCACCACCUAUGAUGCCACCAGCGGUCCAAGACCCUCAUGGUCCUCCACCAACCCAGCAACAACAACAACAAGGGCAGCAGCAGCAGGCAUUUGCACCUCCGCCACCAUCCAUUCCUUCAAUUCCUUCAUUCCCUCAAGCAAAUAUGCCUCCACAAGGACAUUUUUCGCCAUCGCAUCCCCCACAUGAACAAACUCCCCCUCAACCACCCCAGCAGUUCGUUCCACCCCAGCAACAUGGUGCUCCACCGCAAAUGCCACCUUCACAAUUUGCUCCACCUCCUCAGCAGCAAAGCUUUGCUCCUCCACCGCAACAGCAGCAAUUCGCUCCACCACCACAGCAAUUUGCGCCACCACCCCAGGCACCACCGCAGCCACAGCCACCAACUCCUCAAUCAUCUGUGUCA